AUGUCUCUCAACGAUGUUCGUAUUAUAGUCGCAAUAGAUUUUGGCACCACCUUUUCAGGAUUCGCUUACGUUCAUAAAGAAAGCAAAGAAAUAGAAACGAAUUGUUCAUGGCAAGGCCGUGAAGGUGUAUUUAAAACUCCUACAGCUCUUCAAUAUGAUGAAACGUAUACUAAAGUUAUUCGUUGGGGAGAAGCUGCUUUAGUCGAUGAAUACGAAGAUUGGGAGGAUUAUGAAUGGCCUGGAGUGAAAUUUCCUGAGCAAGUUGGAUUGGUGUUGACAAUUCCAGCUGAAUGGCCUCCAAAUACUACUGCAAUUAUGCGUAAAUGUGCUUUCAAUGCAGGAUUAUUGACUUCCCAAAAUUCAUCUCAACUUGAAUUCACUACAGAACCUGAAGCCGCAGCUUUAUAUUGUUUGAAAAUUGUCAAAGAACAUGACCUUCUUCCUGGAGAUUCUUUUUUAAUUGUUGAUUGUGGUGGUGGUACGAUCGAUUUAACAAUGAGAAAGCUUUUACCUGAUAAUAAAUUAAGUGAAAUAACUGAAAGAGUUGGUGAUUUAUGUGGAGGCACUUUUGUAGACAAAGAAUUUCUCAAUUUCUUGGGUAGAAAUGUUGGAUUCCGAGCAUUGGAAUCUUUGAAAAAGAAUAAUUAUGCACAAUUACAAGGAUUAAUUCGAAAAUUUUUCUGUUUAAAAAUUAAACAUAGAUUUAAUGGUGAUUCAAAAGAAUUCAGGGUCAUCCGAUUGAAUCUACAACAAUUUUGUCCUGAUCUAAAAAAAUAUGUUACUGAAGAUGUAAAAUCUGAUUUGGAAUCUAAAGGAUGGCUUAUAAAAAUUAAUUUCGAAGCAGUAAAAUUAAUGUUUGAUCCUGUAAUUAACAAAAUCAUCAAAUUAAUUUCGGAUCAUUUAAAAUCUACUAAUGAAAAAUGUUCUAUAAUGUUUUUAGUUGGAGGAUUUAGCGAAUCAAAAUAUCUUCUUCGUCAAGUCAAAGAACAUUUCAAAGAUCAAAAUAUGCAAAUUGCAGUUCCAUCAUCACCUAUUACAGCAGUUGUCAGAGGAGCUAUUACGUAUGGAUUAAAUAUUGAAAUAGUAAAUGAUCGUAUUUUAAAAUGGACUUAUGGGAUUGCAGUUGUUAAUCCUCAUGUACCAGGUAGAGAUCCAAAAAAGCGACGUACUCCUGAUGGAUAUAUACAAAAAUUUCAUCUAUUGGCCACUCGUGGUUCCAAUACAGAAGUAAAAAAGAAAUUUUUUGGAAAAUUUAUUCCUUUACGUUUUGAUCAACCAACUAUAUUAUUUAAUGUAUAUUAUACUCAUAAGAAAGGAGGUGCAAGAUAUUGUGAUGAACCUGGAAUGAAAUUUCUUGGAAGUUUGAAUAUUAAUAAUCCAAUGAAAUAUAAUAAAUCCGGAGCUAUAGAAUUUUCUUUAACGUUUGGGUUGAUGGAAAUCAAGGCAACGGCUUGUGAUAGUGAGACAAAGAAGCCAUACAAGGAGGUUACAUUCAAGAUUAACUUUUAA